AUGGUGCUCGCGGCCCCGCUGCUGCUGGGCUUCCUGCUCCUCGCCCUGGAGCUGCGGCCCCGGGGGGAGGCGGCCGAGGGCCCCGCGGCGGCGGCGGCGGCGGCGGCGGCGGCGGCGGGGGCCGGGGGGGAGCGCUCGAGCCGGCCGGCCCCGUCCGUGGCGCCCGAGCCCGACGGCUGCCCCGUGUGCGUGUGGCGGCAGCACAGCCGCGAGCUGCGCCUGGAGAGCAUCAAGUCGCAGAUCUUGAGCAAACUGCGGCUCAAGGAGGCGCCCAACAUCAGCCGCGAGGUGGUGAAGCAGCUGCUGCCCAAGGCGCCGCCGCUGCAGCAGAUCCUGGACCUGCACGACUUCCAGGGCGACGCUCUGCAGCCCGAGGACUUCCUGGAGGAGGACGAGUACCACGCCACCACCGAGACUGUCAUUAGCAUGGCCCAGGAGACCGACCCUGCGGUGCAGACAGAUGGCAGCCCUCUCUGCUGCCAUUUCCACUUCAGCCCCAAGGUGAUGUUCACAAAGGUACUGAAGGCCCAGCUGUGGGUUUAUCUCCGGCCUGUGCCCCGUCCAGCCACAGUCUACCUGCAGAUCUUGCGACUGAAACCCCUAACUGGGGAAGGGACCGCAGGGGGAGGGGGCGGAGGCCGGCGUCACAUCCGUAUCCGCUCGCUCAAAAUUGACCUGCACUCACGCUCCGGCCACUGGCAAAGCAUCGACUUCAAGCAAGUACUACAUAGCUGGUUCCGCCAGCCACAGAGCAACUGGGGCAUCGAGAUCAACGCCUUUGAUCCCAGUGGCACAGACCUGGCUGUCACCUCCCUGGGGCCGGGAGCCGAGGGGCUGCACCCUUUCAUGGAGCUUCGCGUCCUAGAGAACACAAAACGGUCCCGGCGGAACCUGGGCCUGGACUGCGACGAGCACUCAAGUGAGUCCCGCUGCUGCCGAUACCCCCUCACUGUGGACUUUGAGGCUUUUGGCUGGGACUGGAUCAUCGCACCUAAACGCUACAAGGCCAACUACUGCUCCGGCCAGUGCGAGUACAUGUUCAUGCAAAAGUAUCCGCACACCCACUUGGUGCAACAGGCUAACCCAAGGGGCUCUGCUGGGCCCUGCUGUACCCCCACCAAGAUGUCCCCAAUCAACAUGCUCUACUUCAAUGACAAGCAGCAGAUUAUCUACGGCAAGAUCCCUGGCAUGGUGGUGGAUCGCUGUGGCUGCUCCUAAGGCUUGCUCCCGUGUGGGAAGACUAGUGCUGGAAUCUGAAAUGCCCUUAUUUGCUAUCAAGUGAAAACUCUUCAAAACACACCACUUGCAUCCAAAAUCAGAAGAGAAACCUGUCCUCACUGACUAAACACAGGAACUGGAUAUUCAGAUUGAUCCAUGUACUUCACUUCCCUCAUUCUCUCACUCAAGACUUAAAGAGCAAGCCAACUAACUGACCGACGCCAAUAACUUCGGCAUACAUGAUCCUCACUCCUAUCUCCC